CCCAGUAUGCACCGCGGACAGAGCAGCAGAAAAUAGUCCGCCGCCGUGAAAAGGGAACCAGAAAAAGGGGGGUAGCGCACCAGCUAAAUUCGCCAGCUAAACUGUUUGAACGCCACCCAACCGCUAACAUGGCCGACAACGAGAAACUGGACAACCAGCGGCUGAAGAAUUUCAAGAACAAGGGUCGAGAUUUGGAGACUAUGAGAAGGCAGAGGACCGAAGUCGUAGUGGAGCUCAGAAAGAACAAAAGAGACGAGCACCUCCUGAAGAGGAGGAACGUGCCUCAUGAAGACAUCUGCGAGGACUCUGAUGUAGAUGGAGAUUUCAGAUCACAAAACACCUCUCUUGAAGCAAUAGUACAAAAUGCCACCAGUGAUAACCAGGGCAUCCAGCUGAGUGCUGUUCAGGCUGCCAGGAAGUUGUUAUCCAGUGACCGUAAUCCUCCCAUAGAUGACCUGAUUAAGUCUGGGAUCCUUCCCAUCCUGGUCCACUGCCUGGACAGAGAUGACAACCCGUCUCUCCAGUUUGAGGCAGCCUGGGCUCUAACCAACAUCGCGUCCGGUACCUCAGAGCAAACCCAAGCUGUGGUCCAGUCCAAUGCUGUGCCGCUGUUCUUGAGGCUGCUUCACUCUCCUCACCAGAAUGUGUGUGAACAGGCUGUGUGGGCUCUGGGCAACAUCAUCGGUGACGGUCCGCAGUGCAGAGACUAUGUGAUCAGCCUGGGAGUGGUCAAACCCCUGCUGUCAUUCAUCAGUCCCUCCAUCCCCAUCACCUUCCUCCGCAAUGUCACCUGGGUCAUGGUCAAUCUGUGCCGUCACAAGGACCCACCACCACCGAUGGAGACGAUCCAGGAAAUCCUGCCAGCUCUCUGCGUGCUGAUCCACCACACUGAUGUCAGUAUCUUGGUGGACACUGUGUGGGCUCUGUCCUACCUGACGGACGCUGGAAAUGAGCAGAUCCAGAUGGUCAUCGACUCUGGCAUUGUCCCUCAUCUGGUCCCUCUGCUCAGCCACCAGGAAGUCAAAGUUCAGACUGCCGCUCUGAGAGCUGUUGGAAACAUUGUGACGGGCACAGAUGAACAGACGCAGGUGGUGCUCAACUGUGAUGCCCUCAGCCACUUCCCAGCACUCCUCACUCACCCAAAGGAGAAAAUCAACAAGGAGGCGGUGUGGUUCCUGUCCAACAUCACAGCAGGAAACCAGCAACAAGUGCAGGCUGUCAUCGAUGCCAAACUGGUCCCCAUGAUCAUCCACCUGCUUGACAAGGGUGACUUCGGCACCCAGAAAGAAGCAGCCUGGGCCAUCAGUAACCUGACGAUAAGUGGAAGGAAGGAUCAGGUGGCACACCUCAUUGAGAAGCAGGUGAUCCCUCCUUUCUGCAACCUGCUCACAGUGAAGGAUUCUCAGGUCGUGCAGGUUGUUCUCGAUGGCCUCAGCAAUAUCCUCAAGAUGGCCGACGAUGAGGCAGAAACCAUCGCUAACCUCAUAGAGGAAUGUGGAGGUUUGGAAAAGAUUGAGCAGCUGCAGAAUCACGAAAACGAAGAUAUCUACAAACUGGCGUACGAAAUUAUAGAUCAGUACUUCUCAUCUGAUGAUAUCGAUGAGGACACCAGCCUGGUCCCGGAGGCCAUCCAGGGGGGAACCUACAGCUUUAACUCAGCCAACGUGCCAGCCGAGGGAUUCCAGUUCUAGACGUCACCUGGGGGUUUUCUGGAGUUUUGUUCACGAUGCAGCACUCUGUUCAACAUAAAAACAAAUUAGGAGAGAAAGAGCGAGAGAGAGCGAGUGUGAGAAAUUCGAUCCAUUGUGCUUGGCUCGUGGGAUCCAUGGCUGCAUCUUAUCUGAGAGAAAAUAUGUGGAUUUCAUUUGGCAUUCCAGGGGAACCAGCCCAAAUGAAGUUUGAGAUGGCGAGUGGGUGCGAGUGAGAAUGAGUGGCUACAUGUUGCAACACACACACACAAAAAAAAUCCCCCACAAAACAUCCACAUCGAAUGAGUAGAGAGACGUGCCGACGUAACUUCUGUUAUCGGAGCUGUCGUCUUUGGGGGAAAAACUACUUCAAACAAAAACUUGAUCUCUGCCCAGGGGAAUACCGAGGACUUUCACAAACGACGAAUCAGGAGAUCUUGAAAUAUUACGAGAAAACGCAGAAACCAAUACAAUUAUGAACUGAGAUGAACCACAAACCAUCACAAUUCUGCGGUCCUCCAGACGUGAGAGGGCGCCACACCCUCCAUGCGCCCCUCCCUCAAUCGGCCACGUUAUCGGACGCGUGUGAAUGGACCCAUUGUGUAUGAAUGUCUGGACUCAGUGCCGAGGAGCCAGGUUCAUCUCCUCCCAACGGGACGCCCCGACUGGGCACCGUCCUCCACCAACCCCCCCCUCCUAUCCUCCGGUGGGCGGGGCCAGGAGUCCGGCUGAACGUGUCGCGUGUGCGAGAAAAUGGACGGAUGAGUUGUGUGUGCUUGGCUGCGUGCGUGACUGGGGAGUGUGCGGUUCUGGGUGAAAACGCAUGCGGAGUUGGGGAGGUCAAAACAAAAAGAUACAAAUCGACAUCUGAAAAUUGAGAAACGCAACAAUACGUUAAGCAAAGGUUGCAGGGAAGAAAUUCUGCCUUUUGAAGGAGGCUGAUCUUCAAAUCUCUGAAAGGAUGAACUUUGGAUAUAUUAAAAAAAAAAAAAUGUCAUCACAAGGAUUAUAUAUUUUUUGUUUUGAAUUAUUAAGUUGGUAUUAAUUGACACUGGACAAUGUUUUAUGGCAGGUGUGAAGCGACGCUGCAUUGAAUUAAGAUGCUCUCGGGCUUUUCUUUUUGCCUCCAGUGUGUUCCUUGUUUUUUUUUUUUUUUUUUUUUUUUUUUUUUUUUUUUUAACAAUUAUAUAUUUUUUUUCUAUUUUUCCGCUUUUACUUUGAUUGCUUCUGUAAAGGUGAACGAUGAUCGUAAUCCAUCCUUCCACCAGAACCCUAACCUGAACACCACACCGUGGGCUCGAUGCUGUAAAAUUCUGACACCAUGAUCAACCGAAUGACCCCGUUCCUCUUGUAACGCCUCGUUUUUCAGCCAAAUCACUGCGUUGCAGUAUCGUUGCAGUAUCGUUGCAGUAUCGUUGCAGUAUCGUUGCAGCGGCGCUGAUUAUCACCACAGAAGAGAACCAUCUCAUAGGAUUGUGAAUCAUAACCUUUGCAUGUACUAAAUGAUAGCACAGUUACUUUUGGGGUAUUUUAAGUUUCCUUAGGCUGUGAACACAGUGUAAUUUUCAUUUUAAGUAAAACUGUGCUUAAAUGUUACAUGUUUUCCCCUCCCUUAAUCCUCACUAUUGUCCUAUUUGCUAAAAUCUUAUUGUUUUGCACAUGUACUGCAAAGUAAGGCCUGAAGUCUUUUUCUAAAGGUGCGCCAACAACCUCUACAUUAUGCAUCAGUCGACCACGGUCUUUGUUGUCCUAGAGUGACCCGACGAUACGUUUUAUUGGCGAUAACUGAGGAAAAUAUAAUUAUUUCAGGAGCAGCAUUCGUUAAUCUAAUGUAUUGGCUUGAAUAAAAGGGUGGGGGGGGUUUGACCUCCCUUUUCUCACAGUCAAAGGUGCCCCUAUGCGUCAGACUGGAGCUGUUCCAAGUGGGUUUUCCUGAAUAAUAAAUAAAUAAACCCACAGACAAGUUUGCUGUAACUGUAGUACCUUGCAGAGUUCUCACCCCGUCCCCUUGUUUUGCUCCUCUACCAGCUAAGUGUACAAGCUUAUCCUCUGGGGGGGUUGUGUAAACUUCAAACACUGUAGUAAUGAUUACACAUUGUGCUCAUAAACCUUUUGUUGAACAUAGGGAUUAUUUUCUUUUUGUUUGUUGCAGCAUUCCUUGUUAGCAAAGUGGUUUCAAAUAUUAAAAUUAUUACAUAGAAGGAUGGAAAAAAAAGCCUAAAACCCUUUUUUUUUUUUUUGGGAGGUAGGCUGCAAGGCUAGGUUGUCUUCAAGAAAAUAAAUAGUGAA